AUGAACUUCUUGUAUUGUCCUUUAUGUUUUGAUUUUGAAAAUCCAGAGGAUUCAAAAGUUCUUCAUUGUGAAAUUUUGGAUCAUCUAAAAAAUUUCCAUGGAAAGGAUAAAAAUAUAAAAGAUAAAAAAAUUCAAUGUUAUCAUGAAGAGUGUAUUGAAAAAAGAAAAAAAAAUCACGAAAGACUAGGAAAAGAAUACAAAAGAUGGGGUACUGGAUUUUCUCCAGCUGGAUUAUAUGGUCAUUUUAGAACAUUUCACAAAAAUAGAAAUAAUUUAAAUUUUCAAAAUACUAUUGCAAUGGAUACUGAUUUUAUAAUUGAAAAUAAUAUUAUUCAAAAUAUUGAAGAUGAAGUUGAUGAAACAGAUGAAAUAGAAGAAAUUUUAUUAAAUAAUGAAGCAGAAGAAAAUUUAAAAUAUUAUGAAAGAGAAUUACAUUCAAAACGUGAAAUAAAUGAUUUAAAUGAAUUAAUAAAUUUUUACAAAAAUGAAAUUUUUACGUAUUUUAAUGAAACUCCAGGUGCUGAAAUUUUUUUCAAAAAUAUAUUGACGUUGAUAAGAAGACUAUUAAUAGUAAAUACACCAAAAAUUGUAAAAGAUGCUUUGCUAAGCAUUGAAAUUGAAGAUAUAAUUACAAAAGCUAAAAAUACUGUUGAAUCAUUUAAAAUUGUUCACCCUGAUGAAAGAAUAAUUUUUGAUACACAAACUGAUUCUUCGGAAACAAAAGAAGAUAAAAAUUUGUUUUAUUUUAUACCGAUAGAAAAAAGCUUACCAAUUAUUUUACGUAACAUGAAGGCUAAACCGAAAAAAAAUGUAGAAUUAAUAAUUUAUGGAGAUGAUUUACAGGGAAAUAAUCCACUUGGAUCACAUAUUUAUUCUGGAAGUUUAUUUCAUAUGGCAUAUAAAGUUAACCUACCAAAUGAUUUAAUUGCUUCAAAAAAAAGUUCACAAUUAAAAAAUAUUCAAACGAUAGGUAUUUCACUUAGUACUAUUUCAAAGGAAACAAAAUAUCAAUAUUUAAUUCAAACAAUUUUAGAAAAAAUUCGUAAAGCAAAAGUUUAUUAUAAUGGUUUCUGUUUAAAUAUAAUAAUUAAAGCUUUCAUUGGAGAUCAUUCUUAUUUACAAGAUGCUUUUUUAUUAAAUAAAGCAUAUUCUUCAACUUCAAAUAUGGUUUGCCGUUCUUGUAAAAUUUCUGGAAAUUCAUAUUUAGAAUAUAAUACUUGUUCUGCUGCAAAUAGUCAUUUAAGACAAGAAUCACCAAAUCCAAUAAUUCCGUUUCCUUUAAAUCAGUAUUCGGAUUCAUUCCAUGAUAUUUUGGAAGGAAUUAUACCAAAUUUAAUAUAUUCAUUAUGCCAAAAGUUUUCUUUUCCUCAAUUAACUUCUGAAAGUGAAGAAAAUCAUGAUGUUUUGCCAAUUUUUUGGCAUCCGAUUGAACUUGAAAUUCGCCGUUUUAAUAAAUUAGAUAAAGGAUCCCAAAGCUUAAGUACAGUCAUUUUUGAUGGUUUCUUUCAAAAAUAUACAAAAAUUGAUAGACCAGACAGUAAGCACAAGUUCCAUCUUUCUGGAUCUGAAAAUCUUGCAUUAGCACGUGCUUUGCUGCAUUGCAUGACGAAAAAAGAAUUAUUUCCUAAUGUAUCAGAAUCUGUUUAUCAAUUAGGAGUUAAUUUGCUUAAGGAUAUUUUGGCAAUUUAUUCAAUUAUUAAUGGAAAAAUUGAACUUAAUAAUGAAAUUAUAAAUAGGAUGGAAGUUAUAAUUGACAGGUUUUUUAGAAAUUUUUUCUUGCUUAUGCCAAGAACUAUGUGUACUUUAAAAUUACACUCUUUACUUCAUUAUCCAGUUUUUGCCAAGUUAUACAAAAAUUUAUCAUUAGUUUCAACAAUACGUUGUGAAUCCUUAAAUAGACAUAUUAAGUAUCUUCACAAUUUAAGCUGCAACCAUAUCAACCCAUCUUAUACUGUGGUCAAAAAAGUUGCUUUGUUGCUGAUACUUUCAAGUGCUACGAAUUAA